UUAAAAGCACAUGUUUACUUAAAUUUAUCCAGUCGCACAUCGAAUCAUUGUUCUGGAACCACCUCGGCUAAUAUCUCGGUGAAUUGCCUUUUAAAAGUCCUCUUCUAAACAUCAAACAGCAAGAAACCUGAGAUAUUUAGGAAGGCAGCCAAUUUAUCUUAAGUAACGAACAACCUAGACAAGAUGUGGAAGAUUAUAGUUCUACUGGUGCUUUUAGUAACUAUUACCGCGGCGAAGCUUCUUGAUGAUGGAAAACCGUGCUUGGGUAAAUCUUGUUGGUUGGACAGCGAAUGCCCGCAGUGUUCUGAAACUAAACAGGUCAUUUGCCAUUAUGGAACUAACACGUGUAGGGAGAUAGAGUUUUGGGAUAAAAUCAUCAGAAGAAAACCGUGCCACCGAUAUUUCAAGAGUGCAUGUAGAGUUACAGCUGACUGCCAUUGUGAUGGAAAACUGAUCUGCGAGGAUAACGAAUGUGUUGUAAACAGGACGAAUGAAGACAUUAGAGCACGAAGACAUUGACCAACGCUUUGGUAUUAAUCACAAGAAGUUAAUUUAAAACUUUCCUAAAACUAGUAACAAAUGUAUCGUUAUUUAACAUAAAAUAAGUCGAUGUUAAUUUCUUCGUAACUCAAUAACGAGUUCUCAAAUAAAAGAGUACAAGUUAGAUUCUGA